AUGAUUCUGCAUUCAGCCAGCAUCCAGGACAACACGGUCUUCAGCCGAGUCUUUCAGAUCUUGUACCGGAAUGAAGAGAUUCUCCUCAACGAAUCCAUGGCCUUCUCUGUGCAUCUCCUCCUGGAUGGUGAGAGGGUGGAAGAAGCAUUAUGUGAAGCUGACUUUCAGCUCAAGCUGGACCUGCUUUUUACAGACAGUGAACAACAGCUCAGAGACGUCCUGACCAUCCCGGUAAUAAGCAGCCGCACGUUGGGCCUCCACCUCCAUCCCAAGCAAGGCCUACAUCACCAUGUCCCUGUCAUGUUUGACUACUUCCACCUGUCGGCAGUCACGGUUACUCUGCAUGCAUCUCUGGUGGCUUUAAACCAGCCCCUUCUCAGUUUUGCUCGUCCAGGAAGAUCUUCCUGGCUUGGAAAAGGAAACUUGGACCCUGGACCAGAUCCGCCUGGGAUGUCACUGGAAAACCUGGUCUUCGGAGCGGGCUACUGCAGACCGACAACUUCAGAGGGCGGCUGCUACGUCCCAUCAGAAAACUGCAGGCAACAUGCCCACAAGUGGCAUGAAGACCUCUGCCUCCUGCUCCUCAGUGCCCACAGAGGACUUCGGGGCUACUAUGCUGCCAUUGCAAAGGAGGUUCCCGGUUUGCCCCAGCUGAAGUUAGAAGAUCUUGCUGUGGAACAGACACUAUCACAACUUUCUGAAGAGCUGCAGAUGCUGAAUAACUCAGAAAAGAUAGCAGAGCAGAUCAGCAAAGACCUUGGAUGGCUCUGCUCCCACCUUUUAGCCCUGUGGACCCAGUUUUUGGCAAUUAUAACCCUGCAUCCUGACGUCACAACAUACCUUGUUCAAGAGCAUCACACUCUAAGGGUAAAGAGAUUUUCGGAGGCCUUCUUUUAUGCAGAACAUCAAAAAUGUGCAGCGACAACUUUCCAGGAGAUUCAGGGCUUAGACAUUUUGUCAAACUAUAUGAUUUCCACAGUGGACAAUUUACAAGUGGACCUUGAUAAAAAUGAGGAGCCUUCCUCAAACAACAAUAUUGCUUUAGCAAAGAAGGACUUCAGGAACAGCGUCCCUUUCGUUAUACAUACUGAUAGGAUACAUAGAAAUUCGAUGUUUCCCUUUGGCUAUUCAAAAAGUGACUGCUGUAUGGCCAAGAAUUUCAAGGCUCACUCCGUGACUCAGGUAUAUACGAUGAACGAAAAUGUCCAGUCCUACAUCACUCAGAAAGAGCUGGAGAGCAAUGUUAUAUCUAGCUUGCCAUCAGAUCUCCUGAAAGAUCCUUCAAAAAACUUUAAGGGACCAAUGAGCUUUACAGAAAACAAUCAUAGGAUCACCACAGAGGAUGUGGACCCAGUGUGUAAGACUGCCCACCAAAAUAAAUCAGUGCUCGUGAUGAAUACUCAGUGUGAUGCUGGCUAUUAUGAACCUCCUAAACAUGUGGAUGGGAUUAGUUUGACCCAAGCAGCUCAAAGGGAUUGUUGUGAAUCUACUCUUGCUUCUGACCAAUCAAUGUUCACUGAGACACCAGUAGAUCAAUGUAGUGAAACUCUGUUGCGAGCCCAGAGGACAUUUGACGUAAUUCAUAAUUUCAACUCCUCAAACCCAACCACGGUUGUUGAAGAGCCCAAGUCACAUCUGAAGGAGCCUAGCAUGAAGAAGCAUGAAGAUGUCUUGAUAUCAGGGGUCAUUAAGAGAUCUUCAUCAGUCAUUUCAGACUCAGGAAUUGAAAGCGAACCCAGUUCAGUCGCUUGGUCUGAUGCAAAGAGCAAAGCCUUGGAGUUGGCCAGUGAUCAAGAGAUCCUUCACCAGCUAGUCAACCGGCACGCAAUCCAUCGGAAUUCCCUAGAAGGCAGACGUACGGAAAGCAACACAAGUUUGCCUAAUGGCAUACAGGCCUCACUUACGUCUAUUAGCUCCUUGCCUUAUGAGGAAGACGAAAGGGAGGUGGAGCCCAGUAAAUUGACAAAAUCAAUCUCUGCUCCUCAGAUCAGCAGUCCUGAGGAAUCCGUGGAAGUCAUGGAUAUAUCCAAACCUGAUAAAAACAUCUCAGGUGGGCAUGAUGUGGAAACGGGAAAUGUCAGAAUGGUCUCAGUGGGAAAUAUUUCCACCUGCCAGGAUGGAGAACCUCAACUGUCCAGUGGUUUGACGGAACACGCCAAAUCUGAUUGUAAUGCUACUCACUUGCAAGGGAGUGUUAAGGGCUAUCCUGACAACGACUGUAAUUUGGAAGCCACAGAGGGACCACUGCCUCAAGUAGGAUACCAGUUGCCAGAGAGAAGAGAGGAUGGCCAUUUCGAAACAUCCAAUAGUUAUUUGGAUGCAGAUGCGUCUAAUCUGGAUGUCUAUGAUGAGGAUGCAACCUUGAAUCGUGGCCACAAUUUAUACGCUGCAGAUGUGUAUGCUUUCUCACACGGUGAGAAGGAGGUGAUGGACUUUUGCUCUGCCAAUCCAGACUCAACAGACUCGGCAUAUGAAUCGUACUUUACUAGGGGGAACUCCGCUAAUUCUCCGGUCAGCAGCAACAAUAUAGCCUGUGGUAGAGAAAUCACAAAUUUACAGAAAGUCGGACUGGACAACAGAUCUGAGUGUGGCUCAUGCAGCACUGAGCUGGAAAAAAGGGAUCUCAAGAGCAAAGCAAAUAGCACUGGAUUUCAUUCUGCAGUGCCAGAAAAGUUGGUGCUUGAGAGUAAGAAGGCCAUGGAGAUAGUCAACUUAUCUGUUUCUUGCACAGCCACUUGUCUGCCCUUUUCUUCAGUUCUCAAGGAGACACCUCCACUGACUGUCUUGUCCACCAAGCAGGUCACAUCUCCUAUCACUCACCAACCAAUAGGGUCCUUUGGGGUCAUCUCUUGUGAAUCUAGUAAAGUGGGAGAAGAAGACAAUGAACAAAUGCUCAAUUUCUAUCAGGCCAAAGAAACAUUUAAAAAGGAACUGAAGAUUGAAGGAUUUCUGUACAGUGACUUAUCCAUACUAGCUUCUGAUACCCCAUAUUUUCCACCAGAGGAAGAGGAAGAAAAUUUGGAAGAUGGGAUUCACCUAGUCAUCUGUGUUCAUGGGCUAGAUGGUAACAGUGCAGAUCUUCGGCUGGUAAAAACGUUCAUCGAAUUGGGUCUCCCUGGAGGAAAACUUGACUUCCUAAUGUCAGAAAGGAACCAGACAGAUACCUUUGCAGACUUUGAUACCAUGACGGAUCGCUUGCUGGAUGAAAUAAUUCAACAUAUUCAGCUAUACAACUUGUCGAUAUCACGUAUCAGCUUCAUUGGUCACUCACUCGGUAAUGUGAUCAUCCGAUCAGUAUUGACCCGGCCCAGAUUUCGUUAUUACCUCAAUAAGCUACACACCUUCCUGUCCCUCUCUGGACCUCACCUGGGAACGCUGUAUAACAACAGUACUUUGGUUAGUACAGGUUUGUGGUUGAUGCAAAAGCUGAAGAAAUCUGACUCCCUUUUGCAGCUGACUUUCAGGGACAAUGCCGAUCUGCGGAAGUGUUUCCUUUACCAGCUUAGCCAAAAAACAGGUCUUCAGUAUUUCAAAAAUGUAGUCCUUGUUGCCUCUCCCCAGGACCGCUAUGUCCCAUUUCAUUCUGCAAGAAUAGAAAUGUGUAAAUCCGCCUUGAAAGACAGACAUACAGGUCCCGUUUAUGCUGAGAUGAUCAAUAACCUUCUCCAGCCGGUCGUGGGAGCUAAGGACUGCACUUUAAUCCGUCACAAUGUAUUUCAUGCCUUGCCAAACACCGCUAAUACGCUGAUUGGGCGAGCUGCACAUAUAGCCGUGCUGGAUUCUGAACUGUUCCUGGAAAAAUUCUUUCUCGUGGCAGGACUCAACUAUUUUAAAUAG